AUGAACUCACCUAUCAACCACAUAUUGUAUAUAUUGUUAUCAAUAUUAUUAUUGAUAUCUACAUUUGGAACAACAAAUUGGACCUCUUCUCCAAUGUUGGUCAAUGGGCAGGAUGACCCACCACCUCCAGCUCCAAUAAUGACUCUACUUAAUGCAACAUUUACAAUCAAUACAACAUUAAACUUUGCAAAUGUGACAUGGGAGACUGAUGAUAUGAAGAUUUCCUCAAACGAUUCAGAUCUCUAUUACACUUGGAUAUCAUCAGAUUCGAAUCAUUUCACAUAUGCAUGUGCAUCAUAUGCCAUGUCAUGUGGAAUCGACAAUCUACUAUCAAAUACAACUUAUUAUGUACUACUUCAAGACUCCUCAUACCGACAGUCACCUAUAGUCAAUUUCACAACUGCUCCAGAUACAACAAACUAUUGUACAUUUGAUGUUGGUGAUGGAACAGCACCGGAUUGCUUUGGACAUGGAUCAUGUUGGGGUGGACAAUGUGUUUGUAACGAUGGAUGGCUUGGCGAGUUUUGUAAUCUACAGGCACCAAAGGGAGAGAUGAUGCAAAAGGUCAAGUCCUUUAUGUAUCCAAAGAUGCAAAUGAACUUGGACAAUCUAUACUACGUCGUCAAGGUUCUCAGUAUAACAGAGUACAGUGCCAAGGGCAAGGCGAUUGAUUCACUCGAUCUGGACGCUGUAGGUUGGGACCUCAAGAUUGGCGACAAUGACACUGUCCUCAAUCCAUUCAACAACGAAAGCGUUGUCAAAAGAGAGAUGACCUACUACGCCGACAACAUUAUUGGACAGAACCCAGACACAACCAUCACAAUCACCUAUACACAAUUCAAUGGCAAGAAAGGCACACCCAACCAUCUAGUCUAUCCCCACAUGUUUGCCAAUCACUAUCACUCUGUUCGUCUUGGUGCCAUGAUUGCCUCGGUUCGCAUCGACCAUUGGAGUUUCAACAACAUGGACAACUGGCUCGAGGUCACCACCUCUAUCACUCCAGUGAUGGGAGGCGGCUCCUGUGCCAACUGGUCAAAGACAGCCAUGAACUAUGCCGAUCAGAUGAACACACUCAAUAUCAUGGACCCCGUCGGAAACAUAAUCACAGGACGAUUCGUCAAUCGAGCACUGGUCGAUGGUGUGCCACUGGUGGCCUAUAACGAUCAAACUACCAACGUCGAGUCGGAUGAGUUUGACAACAUUUAUAUAGUCACUGGAGUGCCAUCAUUCCUCAGGAGCGUGGUGGUCGAGGCUGACUUUGGUAUGGUGGAGCGUCUGAAGAACUACAACUAUGGAUGUCCGAACAAGGUGCUCUGGAAGGCAGUUUCACUCUCUCUUCUUGGUGUGCUACUUGCAUUUAUCUUUAUCAUUGGUACCAUAGCACUGGUACUAAUCAUUCGAAAGGGUUUCGAU